AUGGCUCCUAGCAAGGAUACCGACGGGUCCGAGACCAACAUACCAGCUCCCGCAGUCGCCAUGGGACUCGGCCAAACAUCCAAAAGGGCCUCUGCCAGCCUCAAAGAUGCCCACCCAUCAGGCAAACGGGGCCAUGGUAAAGCCAUGCAGAUAUUGCGAGGGCUGGCUUUUACCAUUUACUUCCUGACUUGCUGUGUCACCAUUGUCAUUACGCAGGUCCUUGGCUGCUGGCUCUACUUUGUCAACCGCGAUUUCUACUAUGACUACAUGUCAAUGACCAAGCGACUCUUCGCCAUCACGACCAUUCUGAUGACACAGAUCUGGGGUCCGACAACGAUCCGGAUCAGUGGUGAUGAGACGGUGGCGGGAGAAAUCCUUCCCACGGAAGGUGGUGGUGUGCAAUUCAACUUUCCGGAGCGCAUGGUUAUGAUAGCGAAUCAUCAGAUUUAUACUGAUUGGCUAUACCUCUGGUGGUGCGGUUACGUGAACCGGCCUUCUGCGCAUGGCCACAUAUACAUUAUCCUCAAAGAGUCAUUACAGUACAUUCCCAUUGUUGGCUGGGGCAUGAAGUUUUACGGUUUCAUCUUCAUGUCGAGGAAAAUGGCAAAGGAUCAGCCCCGGCUUGCCUAUCGGCUGGGGAAACUGAAGCAAACCAAGACUGAUCCCAACGGCAAGACGUAUCGCGUGCCCAUGUGGCUACUCCUGUUUCCUGAAGGCACCAACAUUUCUGGAAACGGCCGACGAAAGUCUGCGAGCUGGGCGGACAAGAAUGGAUGGAAAGAUCCCGAGCACAUGCUGCUCCCUCGCAGCACCGGUAGCUUCUUCUGCCUAAACGAGCUGAGGGGAACCGUAGACUAUGUCUAUGACUGCACGGUCGCGUACGAGGGUAUUGACCGAGGCAAAUAUGGUGAGGACAUCUUCACUCUGGGUAGCACCUACUUUCAAGGCCGCUCGCCCAAGUCGGUCAACUUUUUCUGGCGCAAGUUCAAAAUGUCAGACAUACCUCUCGACAACGCCGAUGAAUUUGACCUCUGGCUGCGCAACGAAUGGUACAAGAAAGACGCGCUGAUGGAACAGUACCUGACAACUGGACGCUUCCCCGCCAUGGCCGGAUCCAAGGUUGAUUUUGUCGAGACCAAGGUCCGUGCGAAGAACCCGUUUGAGAUCUUGCAGGUAUUCACCAUUGUGGGCAUUGCUGGCCUUUGCUGGCACAACGUUCAGAGAUUUGGCGGCGUGGUUGCCCAGCGCUUUGGC